AGUUGAGAUAUCUUUUUUCCUCCAAAUAACGUCAUUCCGUAGUUUUCAAACACCAUAAACUGUGGCUGCAAUUGUAACUAGUAAGGCUCGCUUCUUCAUUCUGUUCCCCUUAAUGUUUCCGCACUUAUGGAGGAUGGAAUGCAAGAAUGGGGUGUUGAGUAUCCCAUCCACUGCAUUAUUUGCUGCAAUAUCAUCACACUGCAUGGGCAUUGAAAGAAGAGAUGAUCGUGUGUUUCAAUAUCGUUACUACAAAGAACACAAGUUGCAUCUUGUAUCAACUUAAAGUUCAGAAGUCUGUAUCUGGUAUACAGCCUGCUUCUCAUAGUUAACCAGGUGAUAAAUCUAUGCUUAGGUACUGAAUAUCUGCACCAGACGUUCCUGCUCCAGUUGAAGUUGUUUUCAGGUGGCAUCAGUAAUCUGUACACCCGUUUAAUGUUGUACUGCGUGCUGGUCUGCUGCUGGACAGUAGCUUGUAUUUCAUCUCGUAACUUGCAUAACCCUUUCCACAUCCAGCUCGUAGUGAUGGGAGGAUUAUGAUCCUCCCAUUUUUGGUUUUUAAUGUAAACUGCAUGAACCCAUUUGACCCAUAAAUUGUCCUUUUUAUGGCUUAUGGCCCAGAUUUGCUUUUUAAUGGCUGCCUUGUUCCAAAGCCUCACGUUCCUAAUGCUCAAACCGCCUCCUUUUUUUGUAUCACACAAGUUAUCCCAAGCAAUAUUCCCAUGUUUUGUUCCUUCACUAACACCAUGCCAUAGAAAAUGUUGACAAACAUUAUUUAUUUUGUUAAUGAUUGUCUUUGGCAGUAUGAAGAUUUGAGCCCGAUAAGUAUGUAUAGAGAUGGUGAAACGAACACCGAAUGGGUAUUUGGAGUUCCACCCAACUACGAGGUUGUCGAUAAACUCUUUGAAGAAGGCAGGACUCAGAUAUGGCCGGCUGGUUCACUAGAAGAGAAGGUACAGAAUCUUGUGAAAACCAUGGAGAUGGAGCUGUUCCAUAAGGCCAAUCCUCAGGAUUACAAAUCAAUGGAUGCUUCCAAGUUGACUUUAAGGGUCAACGGGAAAAAGCCUUUAACCUUAGAGGAACUACGGAAGAUAGGGGGUGGUUACAAUGGUUUCCUACAAACUUCAUUACCUGAGGAAAUGCGUUUGUAUGAUCCAGCUAAGGAGACUAGAGAAUCAUCUCACCGGAUAUUUACAACAACUUUCCCUCGGGGGUUUGCCCUCGAGAUCCUCCAGGUCUACUCCGGUCCACCUGUGAUCGCAUUUAAAUUCCGACAUUGGGCUUACAUGGAAGGUCCUUUCAAAGGCCACCCUCCUACCGGGGAACUGGUUGAAUUGUUUGGGGUUGCUAUUUUUGAGGUAGAUGAAAGUAAGAGGAUCACCAAAGUUGAAUACUUUUACGAUCGUGGUGAAUUACUCGGUGUUCUUCUCAAGGGUUCAAAAAAUGGAAAUUCUUCUGGUGAUGUGCAGUUGGGUUGCCCUGUUUUGAGAAACACCGGUUAGAGAAGUUUGUAACUCAAUCAAAAAAUUUUACAAUAAUAUGUAAUGCUUUGAUUUAUAUUUUGUGCAUCGUGUAUUGUCUUUAAUUCGAGAAUUCUCGUUGCUCUUAUUUUUUUUUUAAACCCAAAUCAUUAGAAACUUUCUUGUAGCGUUUUGGGUGCAGCGUGAUUUCAAUAAAUACUCCGUCUGUCCUUUAGAUUCUGUCCCAUUUGACGAAAAAAAACAACAAAAAAGGGCAAAGGGGCGAACUCUAAGUGAUGAAGUAACACUGCAUAUUGCAUACUUAUGAUCUAUUUAUUUCAAGUAAUGGUGAAUCGAUUCAUUUUUUCUGAGUCAUAUUAGACCGUUCUUGGAUCAACUACGGUUAAAUUUGCAGACUAGGUCCUUGAUAAGUGCAAUUAUUUGCACUUAUUUAUAUCAUUUUAUACUCCUUAAUAAUGGUUGUCGCUAGUAACUUCGUGCUUAUUUUGAAUAGUUAUGCUACUUUACCCAUUUUGGUUAUUCAUGUUGAUUUUGAGCGGUUUUGAUCGUUUUAAACAUAAUUCUUAUAGUUUUAAUGAUGACGGAGUUUACUAAGGAGAUUAUUUCUCGUUUGAAGAUGUUUUACAAUGAAGAUGGGCAAAAGAGUUGAAAAGUGUUUAAAAUGCAAAAGUUUUGAAGUGAAAUUUGAUACAUGCUCACUCUUUUGGUCAUAACUUUUGAUAAAAACAUUGCAUCAAUGCAAGUUUUGUAGCAUUAGAAACUAGAAUUCAAGAGCUUUCCAACGGUAUAUUAUAUGUCCAAUUCUGACAACCGAGCAAGAAAUGGCGAUCAUUUGAAUUUGCUGCAAUAUUUCAGCACAAAACACCGAUUUGGCUUUUGUGAGAAAAAAAGCUACCGCCGAGUCGGCUGUAGGUUCUGGAAAUAUGUCUGUGUUAUCAUCAAAAGCCGACUCGACUUUCCUGCUGAGGUCCUCCAUCGCCGACUCGGCUUUUUCCCCUAACGUGCAGCGGUUACGUUUUUUUUAGCAGUUUUUAUAAAUAGAUCAGUUAGUUUCUGUUGGCCUCUUAAGGUUUUGAUGAUGACUUUACUUUUAAAUAAACAAACAUAUUUUAGAGAUUGUUUUGUAGGUAUAUAUCCGAUUUAAUGUGAAUCGUUGAUGAAGCCUAUGACUUGAUUCGUGAAAGAAGUACAUGUCUCAAAUAUCCAAGAAGUUGGGAAAUUGCUCUUGAAGACAGUUUACUGUUCCUAGAGUUGAAGUUCUGACGAAUGUUGUAGAUGGAGACAGUGUGCUGUUCCUCACGAUACAGGUCCGAAGAAGACAUUGACUGGAAGAUUACGAAAAUUAUAUUUUCUGUUUUUGGUUAAUGUAAAAGGUUAAAAUUUAAUUAGUUGCUUAAUUAAAUUUAUUUAUUAAUUGGCAAAUUUUUUUUAAUUCGCCUAAAAACAUGGAGAAGAUCAAUUCCUUGUUUAUCUCCUAUAAACUCGGAUAUCAAAGGGACUUGUUCUACACUUUGAAUUUGUCUCCUACAAUUUAGGAUCUUCCUUAAACCAUGAUGUUUUUAACCGUGCAUGUGUACAGCAGUUACAUUCCACUUCUAAACUUCAACUAACUUCCCGUUUUCUUUGGGAGCAAGUAAGUUUGUGGAAGUCGUGGGAUAUGUGCAUUUCGUGGAGAACAUGGGCUGAGUGCACUGUCUGCUGUUCCUCCUUAUAAAAGAGGGAAAUUACGGUUCAGUAUGUAUGGAUGGAUAAAUGAAUAAAUGUUGCAUUGAGAGAGUCCAUCUAAGGGAGAAUUAAUUGAGAAAAAUAUUCUAAGUUUUAAAUGCCAAUUAAUUUAUAAUAUUUUUCUUAAGCAACAAUUUCAUUUUGAUCUUUAUGAGAAUUGGCCUUGUAAAGGGUAAUUGAGUGUUUUGUUGUAAUUAGACUUAUGGGAAGUCUAAGGGAAUAGAGAAUAGAAUCGA